CAAACAUCGCCCGCAAAAUAUAUUUAUACAAUUAUUAUCCUGUUAAAUUUUGCGUACUUCAAAUCGAAAGUGCAACUACAUUGAUUGUUCUGAUCCAUUAUGUUUUCAAAAUUAUAUUUAAUAAAUUUGUUUAUUAUAUUUGUGACUUGUACGUACACAUCAGACAAAGAUAAAUUAAUAAUACAAAUAAAUGGCGAAGUUACCAAUUUGAUGAAUCCUGUUAAUCAUGGUAACGACACAUACAUAGUAGAUGUUUACUACGACUACGUUGAAAACAAAACAAUGCAAUUUACAUGCAAUUAUGUAAAUGUUCCCGGUAAAUAUCAUUAUAUGAGGUGGGUGGUAAACGAGAUCACACUCGAAGAUAAAUGCGUAGCAGAACCUUACAAAUUUAAUGACAGCCUAAUUGUAUCCUGGAGACCAGCACCUUCAUCUACUCUAAAAUGUAUGAUCUACGUUGGAAAUGACUACAAUGAUAAAAAUUGUACAAUAAAGGAACAGAUAUUAACAGCUAUUCUAAAACAAAAUGGUCAAGCUGGUAUUGGUCGAAAGCUUAAUUCAAUUUCAAUAUCAGGUCUCAAGACGUCCAAUAUUUUAAAUGAUAAUAAUGACGUUAUAAAAUAUAAAUUCAAUGAUGGCGAUAAAUUAAAUAUAACCUGCAAGUUCCAACACAAUGCAGGAUCGUUCUAUAUUAAAUGGUUAAAAGAUGGCGUUGUAUUAUCUAAAAUAAAUUCAUUCCCCAAACAAAUAAACCGCUUAGAUACAGUCAUACAUUUAAAUAAAGAAAACAACAAAUCAAUAAUCCAAUGCAGCGUUACAGAGAACACUACAAAUAUAAGAAAAAUUCAUAAAAAUAAAAUAAUUGAAUUAGUUUAUGAAUCGGAAGAUGAAGAAAGAAACUUCACUACGGAAAUGACGAGCAAUGCAACAGAUAAUGCCACAUACAGCUUCCAGUCUAAAAAAAACCUUGAAGACAAUAACAUGAUAUAUUUAAUAAUAUUUAUAAUAAUCGCGGUCAUAGCGCUGAUUAUAAUUAUGAUAAUUAUUGUAUUAAUAAUAAAGCAUUAUAAGAAUAAUAGGGAGAAAGAGGAUGAAAGAACUUUACAAGGCAAUUCAUCAGAAAUAAAUCAGGAACUCAAAUGUUCAGAUACAUACUCAAAUCCGGAGGACGGGCUAACCACCAUGAACAACACAAAUGCUGUAUACAGUGUCCCAUACAAGGGAGUCGUUUAUACUACACCUAUUCCAAAAAACCUGCGAGAGGUUAAUAAAACUGAAUAUGAAAAUUUGAGGGUGAAACAUAAAAUUGCUCAUAACGUUAGAGAAAAAGAUUACGAAAACGAGAUUAAUUACAACACGACAUACGCUAAUUUUGAUAAUAAGAAUUCAAGUCAGUACUCUAAUACGUUAUGUGACGGAAAUAAUGGAUCCGAAAUGUACAGUUAUAUAGUUGUCGAUAAAUAAAUGGUUAUAUAGAUAAUAUUAUUGUAGU